AUGUUGGAUCCGAUACCGCCUCCUCCACGAUGGCUUCAGGAUCUGGUUACGCCGAUCGCACAGCGUUGGUCCCUGCCGACGCUGCCAUACCAUAUACAUGAAGUCAUCCUCUCGUUCGCCUUGUACCAGUUCAUCCAGUCCAUUGUCGCACCCAGGAUCUCGACCUGGCUUUUCCCAAAGCUUUAUCCUAAUUUCUCUAAGCGCACGAAGCUCGGCUGGGAUAUCCAUGUCGUCUCCCUCACGCAAAGUACCCUCAUCUCUGUCUUGGCGCUGUGGGUGAUACUUGUCGACGAGGAGAGGAAGAACAUGACACCGGUCGAGCGAGUGUAUGGAUAUUCUGGAGCCUGUGGCUUGAUUCAGGCCAUGGCGACAGGCUAUUUCCUGUGGGACCUGAUCAUCAGCGUCAGACAUGUCAACGUCUUUGGCGUCGGCAUGCUGUUCCAUGCGAUCAGUGCGGUAUUGGUUUUCAGUUUAGGAUACAGGCCCUUUGUCAACUACUAUGCGCCAACCUUCAUCCUGUAUGAGCUCUCAACUCCGUUCUUGAAUUUCCACUGGUUCUUCGACAAACUUAAUAUGACUGGAUCCCGCGCUCAGUGGUACAAUGGAAUGGCUCUCCUUUCGGUAUUUUUCUCCUGCCGUCUUAUCUGGGGCUCAUGGAACUCCUUUACUGUCUUCUCCGACAUUUACAAGGCGUUUCAUAUAUCCGACAGCUCCGUUCCACUUAGCAGUCCGGAGUUUUACUCCUUAGUGUUCAGCGCUCGCAACUCAACCAUUUGUCUAGAUGACAAAUGUAUAAAGGCAAAUGCAGAGGUUUCUAAGUUUACAGACUUCUCAGCUGCCGGUAUUCCACUCUGGCUUGCGUUAACUUACCUUGGCAGUAACACCGUUCUCAACUCCCUUAACUGGUAUUGGUUCUCGAAGAUGAUCGAUGCGGUUCUCAAGCGUUUCAGAGGCCAGGAUUUGCCAUCCACGGACAAGGUUGCCCCUCCAGAAUCUAUUGAAGGAGACGCGAACCCAAUCAUUCUUGAAGCUGCUUCAACCCUCGAAAAGGAAGAAGAAACUCUUAUAACUGGAGCCUUAGACGCUGAGUCAAAGGCCUCCAACAAUACUACACAAUCAGCCCCUAUGAAUGGCAGAUCCGGCGCUCGAAGACGGAAGGCAUAG